AUUCUGUACUCCUACUGAGUAAAAGGGAGAAAAACCGAUACCUGUCAGGUGGAAGUGAGUGCUGUCCUCCUAUUGGCUGACAGCUUUUUAGGGGGGGAUUCGUCAUACUUCCUUCUAGGAUCUGAAGCAGUGCUUAAAGCAUCUGAGGAGGAAACUUUAGGUCCAUUUCAGAUCUGUUCCAGUGAUCGGAUUGAGUUAAUUUGUUCCUGGAUAAACAACAAAGAUGGCCUCCGUUGCACCAUUCAAACGCAGCCAGUGGGCAUCGCAGUCCCUGAGGGUCACCGCCAAAGAGUUGUCCAUCGUCUCUACUCGGGGCAAAAACACCGCCAUCGCUGAACGCUUUUCCAAGUACCAGAUGGCUGCAGAGGAGGGAAGUGCAGAGAGGAAAAAAACGGUUGUGGAACCUCUCCUGUCAUCGCUGUCUGGUGGAAAUCUGAGCGUUUUAAAGAAACGCUGGGAGCAACAGCAGCAAUCAUCUAACCAAAGAGCUCCACCUCAGGCCACCGCUCGCAACCCCUUUGGGACCAGGAGCCACAGCAGUUCAUCACCCAUCACUAAAACUGCCCCCUCAGUUCAGAUCCAGACCCAGAAGGACGUCCUGAGAGCUGCUGGAUCCUCGCUGGAUCAAGAUACAGUGCAAGAGGUUAAAUCUGAGACCAGAACACACCAGUUUACCACAGAGGCUGAAGAUCUGAUGGAGAUGGAGCCCUGCAGAGAUUUGGAGGUAGAGGAGGGAGCAGCAGCCGAGGUGUCUGACAUCGAGAAACCCAGUGUUCCCAUCAACAGUCUGAAGAUGAUGUUUGAGAGAGGAGAAACCCCCGAUAAGGGAUCCAAAGAGCAGACGGGUCGAAACGCAAGCAGUAACUCUUCAAACAUGGACCAGCUGCUAGGAGAUGGAGGUCUUGCUGAUUCCACUCCCCUCCGUGAUCGAAUGGCCCUCUACAAAGCUGCAAUCUCCAAACAGGAAGUCACUGGCGAUCAACUGGACGGGUUCUGUGGAAAACAGAAAGAGAACGUCCCUCCUUGUUCUCUGGAAAUGAGUCCAGAGUCUGAACCAAACAGCAGGAGAGUCUUUACCUCGGAGAGCAACGGCUCUGGUCCUGGGACUCCGUCCUCCAGUCAGAAAGACUCCUCUCAUUCAAAGACCCCCAAGAGCUUCCACCUGCCUGUGAGGGAGACCUGUGUGUCGUGUCAGAAGACUGUUUAUCCUCUGGAGAGGCUGGUGGCCAACAAGGACGUGUACCACAGCUCAUGCUUCCGCUGCUCACACUGCAACACCAAACUGAGUUUGGUGAAUUAUGCCUCCCUGCACAGCAACAUCUACUGCAAACCUCACUUCUGUCAGCUUUUUAAGGCCAAAGGAAACUACGAUGAGGGCUUCGGCCUCCGGCCUCACAAAGAGCUGUGGGAGAGCAAAGGUGAGGGAGAGGAGACCUCCCCCGAGUCCGGCUCUGGGACCAAGCCAAAGGUCCAGAGCCCACCCUCAGACCAGGACAGCCCCAGCGUGGAGGACUCCCCGCUGGCCAAAGUGCUCGUCCUGACUGCCACCAUGGAGGCUCUAGGACAGGCGACACCAGAGAAGACGGAUAAACCAGCUGAGACCAGACGGCUGAAGAUCUCCUGGCCCCCACGAACGGAGCCGGAGGACACACCCAGCCGCAGCGGGGCCGCAGACGGGGGCUCCGCCACUAAACCCAUCAAAGCCAAGUGGCCCCCAGAGGACGAAUCUCCAUCCUCUCCCACAGAGCUGAACAGAGGCUCUCCUUCUCUGCUUCAGAGCUCCUCCCUGAAGGAGCGCAGCGUCGCCUUCUCACAGGCAGCACAAGCUGACGGGAGAUGGAGUUCUCCUGCUGAGGAGGAGGAACAGCUUGAGCCUGAGGCCUCCAGUAAGAAGCAGCAGCAACAGGACAGCCCUGAAGAUAGCUGUGUGGAUGUGCAGAGCAGUUCUGGAGAGGAGGGGGAGAUGAAGAGUGACACAGCUGAGGAUGAGGUGGAGCAGAUGGAGGAGGAGGAAGAGGAGGACAAGGUUCCCCUGGAGAGUCAGGAGAGCCCAGCAGAACCAACAGCCAUCCCCUCUCCUGAGGAGGAGGUGGAGGCCAGCCGAUCAUCACAGGACGUGGGCUUCUGGGACAGCGACGAGGUCGACGACAAACAGGAGGAGCAGGAGGCGCUGAGCGUGGAGGAGAUGAUCAAGCGAAACAGAUACUAUGAGGAGGAGGAAGAGGAGGAGAAUGUAUAGAGCAAAUUCUUAGCUUGUCAGGACUUCUUCCUCUGAGCAUUCCUGCUUGUUUUUUUUUUUUUAAAAGGACGGUGUCCUAUUGAGCUCUUCAUGUGCCUCAGUGAACAGUCUGAACCACUUUAAGCCAUUAAGUCAGUUUUUAUAAGAAAUCUGUUAUGACUGGAGUCAUUUUUCUGUGUUUUUAAAUUCUGAAUAAAAUUGUUACUAGUGCGAUAAAUAUAUAUAUUUUUUUUCUGGGACUCUGAGAAAAGACCUUCUGGACAACUUGUUUCUAUUAACUGUUUUUUAAUCCGCGUCAAACUGCUCUGUUAGCUCUGCCAGGUCUUAUUAUAGCAGCCUAGCGCAACUUCUGUCUCUUUUAGGUUUUAAUGGAUUUGAAACGAGGCAUUUCUAAAGAGGGGGAGGUAAAGCUUUAGCAAACUCGCUCCUGGAUCCAUCCAGUCAGGUUCAACUAUUUUUUAGAGAUGAACCUUUUCCAGUUUUUCAUGUAGUCUUUGACUUUCAUCACUUUGAAUCUUUGUUUCCAUGUUAAAGAUUUAGAACCGGAUGUAAUGGUUUGUUUUUUAAAGCCAGGGAAGGAAAACGCUUCCCCAGCCGCUGUUUAAUAAAUUGUUAUAUACAAA